AUGCCGCGGGUGUGGAAGCCCGCGGCGGACGAUCAGCACAUCUUCGACGCCCUGCCAAUGCCGGAGGGGGACGUCUUCCUCAGCGACGACGAGCUCCUCAUGGAGAUGGACGGCGUGGCGACGCGCGCCGCGCUCAACGCGGCGCUCGGUCCCACCGCGAGGACAAGGGUGACCUUUGAUGCCGAGGGUCGGUACUGGCGGAAGUCGUACGAAAUUGAUAAGGAGCCGCGGUGCAUCUACUUCUUGCCAGCCGUGCAGAACCCGCGCGCGCGCUCGAGGAGUACCCGAUGGCGUCGAGCCGCCGUUCCCGCGACCAGAGGAGAAGUUCCAGUGCAAGAGGAAGCAGCCGCCCCGAGCGCCGCGCAAGCCGUCGAAGACGACGGCGCGGUCCGGCGAGAAGCGCCCGACGUCCGCGCGGCCUAGGAUGUACACGACGCCCGGCGAGAAGGUCACGCGCGUGGAUCCGGUUGAUGAUGCUGAGCUGCUCGUGCCGGACGAAGACGUGGUCGACCUCGACGAAGUCGCGCCAGUACCACGGCCCGUGACACGACGAGAUUUAAUGGCCCUAGAGCAGCGCGCCGAAGACGCGCUCGCGGCGUGCGACCGCGCGGAAGCCGCGCGCGCCGCGGCCGUCGCGGCCCACGCGGAGCUACGCGACAGACAGGACGCAGUCUUCGCGAGGAGCGCCACCGACUCGGCAAGACUUAUGCUUCUCUCUCUGGACCGCGAGGCGAACGCGCUCUCCGCGGAGAGAGCGGCACGACGGCGCGACGUUGAUCGCCUUAGAGCCAAAUUUUCACAAGAGAAAAGAACGCAUGGAAAAAGACUGUGA